AUAUCUUAAUUUUUCAUAGCUGUUAAGUUUUAAUGUAUACCAAAUAAUUUAGAAGAUAAUGUGCAAAAAUAACUAACUUGGAGGUUAGUACUAUUUGAAGUAUUAGUAAUUUGAAAUCAAUUAAAAAAUCUCAGCUGCACCUUUGGUCCAUUGCUGUUAAACAUAAUAAGGAAGAAACGAACCUGAUAGAAAUGGCGGCGCUGGUGGCAGGUGUGCAGUAUGGUCUUUCGUCACACAGUAAUUUUUAUGAAAAUAAAUCUCUCAUCUUUGUCAAACUCACGGAUUCAGCGCAACGUGCCAUUGAAGAUUAUGUACGAAAUAGACACAAAAUUAAUGAAAAUCCUACAAUACAGUUCCUAGGAAACGAAGGGCAACUCUCUUUUCCGUCCAUUAAAUCAAACCACGGAAAUUUUACCUUCAGCCUAUCAAAUAAUCAAGAUAUUGAAGGCCCACAAGGAGGUUUUGAGUGUGUGCAACAAAUUGGACCAAAGAACUUAGAAAGUCUUGGCACGUUACCUUGCAAAAUGAGAAUCCAGGCAAACGAUGAUGUUUAUGAAACUACAAGGUAUCGUAUGCAUGUAGCUGAAGAAAAUAAUAAGAAUAAAUGCACACGCGUUAUAAAAGCUAGUGAACCAAUUGGUCGAAAAGUAAAAGUGAAAGGAACCUUGAGAACAAUUCCACCUCCAAGUUAUUCAAAUUUAAGUACAUCCUCAAGAAUUACCGAGUCCUCGACCAUUCCAGCUUCUAUUAAUACAUCUUCUAAAUUAACAUCUUUUAAAUCAACAUUUACCAAUUUAGCUCCUAUGCGAUUACAGUCUGAUGUUCAAAAGAAGUACAGCGAAAUAAUGCGAAGACCACUCAAUUUUUUAUUUUAUAGGGAACGGCUUAUUCAUCUUCUUGCAUUAAGGCCUUUUAAAAGACCCGAACUUUAUGAUCGCAUUAAUAGAGAAGGUAUUCGCGAAAAAGAAAAAAAUAUAAUCGCAACGGUAUUAAAACAAAUCGCUUUUAUGCGAGACAAUACGUACCAUUUACAUAGAUGUGUAUGGAAUGAUGUACAGGAAGACUGGCCCUACUAUACGGAACAAGAAAAGGCAAUGUUAAAAAGGCGAAAGCCUCAAAACUUAACACCACCUGGUUCAAGUGAUGGAGGAUCAAGUGGUAGUGGACAAUCGCCUAACUCCACUCAUCCAGGCUCUCCUCCAUCCAUUGCGGCUCCACCGCUAGGAUUGCUAGGUUCAAAAAGGCCGGGUUACUACCAAGGUAAUGAUGGUUUGCCAACAAAAAGACAACGAAUAUCCCAUUAUCGCAAACCUGAAUCAACUUAUUCUAACAGUUUAAGCGAUAAUUUAAAACCAAAUGGUCUUACUAAUAUAUCUAAUAAUUGGGAUCAUAAGAAACAAUUACGCCAUCAGUUACAUAAUUUUCACCAUCAACAACAACAAAGAAACAAUUAUACAAUAACAAAAUCCGAAUUAAUUCCUACUAGUGAUAGUGAGGAAGUCAAUUCCAAUGAACUGGAAGUCUUAAGCAAAUCAAAUAUUGUAAGCGAUUCGUUAUUAAAUAAUAGAAUUAGUUAUAAUAUCCAUAGUACUUUAGAUCACAAUAGUAAUCAUUAUUAUUAUCAGCAUCAAAACCAAGAACGGCAGCAGCAACAACAGCAACAACAGCAGCAUAAUAUUAAUAUCAGAAAAACAAUAAAUAGUAACGACGAGGAAGACAAUUUGAGUGUCAUAUCAGUAGAAGCUACUGAUGAAUUCAGUUCUGUACAAGUUGCUGUUAGGAGUGAUAAAGAUAACAAAAGUUUUAGGGAAAGUAGCCAGACGCGGUAUAAUUUGACCGAAUCAACCUAUUUAGAUAAAUCCUCUAACAUUAAAAUAUCUAAUAAUCCUAAUGAUAGUACUACUAGGGACUCCUUUUUAUCUUUCUCAGCUCCUACUUGCACUCGAAUUUCACCAGCUUCUUCAGAAAACUUUCGUAAUUCCGAGUUUUCUGAUUACCUGACAUGUUAUACAACAAUAAGUAGUUCUGAGCAGAGAACACGCUAUAAAGCUGAAUUUAAUGCUUACUAUAAAGAAUAUAGAAAAUUACACUUGCAGGUAGUUAAAAUAUCAAAGCAAUUUAGUCAAUUGGAAGAAGAGCUAAAGGAAAAAUUGGAUAAUGGAAAUACGGAAGGCUAUGAGGCAAUAAAGCAUCAAAUUCUUCAAGAGUAUGCUAGAACUAAGAAUGUGAAUGCUCGAUUUUAUUACCUACAUGAUAAAUUAGGCCACAUAAAAAAGCUUGUAUCAGAGUAUGAUGCACAGACACACCUGAGUUUAUCUAUGUUCAAUAACAAUAGUCAAAUAAUUAGUACUUCAGAAGUGAACGAUAAUACUUUUCAUCGUGAUGUUAGACAAACACGGUGUGUUUUUACUCGAAUUCCAUCAAAACCAUUUAUAUGUCCAUCUAAAAUGUCCCAUAUUAGCUGACCAACCAAUGUAAAUUAUAACUGAUUUAAUUAGCGUA